UCACCACUACCAGUCAACAAUGACAAAAGUCUUGUAUAUUCCACUAUUUUUCGCAACUUUGAAGGUUCUUGCCCAGUCGACGGCUGGACAAUACGGUCAGGUGACUUCCCUUUACUCGGGGUCUACGUUCGCAGUUCCGACCAUUUUCGAUGCAGUGCGGGGGGAUUGGGUGGAGUGGGGCUACCAUAUGUCCUUCAGGAUGGACCUGCAAUGUGCUGAAUUCUUGGUAUUCACAAUGUCUUCCCGGCGCAUCCACAAUAGGCACUACAACGACAUCGGUUGGUGGAGGAUCUGAGUCAAUCACCACCGCCACAUCCACGACAUCCGCUUCGGGAGGCUCAGCAACUCUAGCGCCGGGUUAUUCGUUCAUUCGCGCAGUCGAAGACCCCAACUUCCACAAAUAUUUGCGAUCCGAGAUCAUCAAUACGGCUUCGGAUGCUGUUCUAGGAGAACCUGCUGAUGCUGCGCAGUUCGUUAUUACGAAUGGCCAGCUGAUUCAAAAUGCCGCUGGGACGCCGCUGUACGCUAUCGUUGAAGAGAGAGCUAACGAUACGGUGGUCAUGUUGAAGAUGUCGUGGUCUGAGAGUCCUGCCACCUCGGGGACAUUUGUGUUUAGCGGAGAUACGCUUGAAUGGAGUAUUCCAACGAUCGAUAGACCGCAAACAAACGCUUGGUACGUAUGCCCAGAUGAUGAAGGCAAUCUCAUUGUAUACGUGAACUUGGGGUACUAUGAUUACAACACUCCGGCAGGCUGUGCGGAUGAGACCAUACAUGCUUAUACGGGAUCUACGGCGACUGCAUAGGCAACCUCACUUUGACUCAGAGUAUUGUUACAAAAGCAUUGCAGUCUUUGCCUUUUCACGCUUUGUUGAGUGGACCAGUGUAAGGGUAUUUUUCGCGCCAAUGGCGAGCAAUCUCGUCUCGUCUCGCAACCCAUACAUCUGGCUUCUGAGAGAUGUAUGCCAUAAACCUGUUACAGUACGAAAUCGGCCCGGUCUUCCAAUAAUGCGGUUAUGAAGGCUUCGAAGAUUUAAGU